AUCGCCGCAAUGCAUUGUGGGGGUGGUAGUUCCUCUCGCCCCAAGCCAGCGAAGAUGUCCGAGGUGCGGCUCCCCCCAAUUCGGGUGCUGGAUGAUUUUCUCCUGGGCUCCACUCGCUUGGCUGCCCCCGACGUGCGGGACCUGCAGCGCUGGCACAACCGCGUGAUUAACAACCUCCUGUACUACCAGAGCAAUUAUCUGCUGCUGCUGGGCGCGGGGCUACUGCUGGGCGGGUACUUCCAACCCAUGCUGAUUCUGCUAAGCUGCCUACUCGUAUGCCUGCUGUUUGGAGGUUUCGUCUGGGCAGCUGAGAACAAGCCCCCCGUACGACGCUUCCGGCGGAAUUACCCUGGCACCUGCUUCUUUGCCAUCCUUGGCGCUGCGUAUUUCCUGGUGUCCCUUUUCGAAGGCUCGGCCACCUUCUUGAUUUUCAUCGCUCUGCCCAUAAUGUUGAGCCUCAUCCAUGCCUCCCUGCGUCUGCGGAGCCUUAAAAACAAGAUUGAGAACAAAAUCGAGAACAUUGGACUCAAGCGAACACCGAUGGGGCUUCUCCUGGAAGCUCUGGGCCAAGAGCAAGAGGCUGGAUCCUAGACCAUCAGCAUCGGUUUCCCUUUCCUCUGGAACUGCUCUUUCCUUCCUCCAACAGAUGCUUGUUCUGCUUGCCUCAAUCUAGCAAUCUGGCUGUGAGUUCCUGUGGAAGAUACAGUAGCUUCUAGCUUACAUCAAACUCAGCAGAACUCCUGACCUGCGGCUGGGUAACAGCCAAGAGAGGAAAUGGACUGAAAUCAGCCUAACCUUCCAGUUUAAUGUUAAGUAUUUCCCAUUGGAAUCCAUAUUGGGUUUUUUUUUGCUUUGGAAAGGAAGGAAUCACAAAGAAAGAAAACUAGAAUUUGAAAAAACCUUCCGUAGUAAAUUGUUGGUUUAGAAUACACAGUUGCUGGUUGAGAGAAGGACAAAAAUUGAGAUCAGAACCAAAUGAAAUCAGUGUUGUUCUAAUUCAGUUUUCUCCCGCAAGGUACAAUCCAGAUAUGUUGAGAUGAGAGUUUCCACAUGCUCCAGUUAGCUGGGAAUUUCCUGAAUUGCGGGAGGCUGUAGAUGGCUGGAUUAUUAACGGGCUUUCAGUGUAUUAUUAUUUGCAUAAUGCCACUGCUGUAAGGGCUUAAGAAACAGUAUUAGGACUACUCUGUGUAGGAACCCCAUUACUUAGGCCAGUAUCAUUUAUCCCUAUAUUGCACAUAGUAGGCUGAGAUUUUGUAGAGCAGAAUGCUUCAGCCUCGCCCCCACCCCCAUAUGUUCAUAGCAGAGCUGAGAUUGAAAUUGGGGUGGGGGGCGUUUGAAUGGAUAUUUAUCUUGUUUCCUCUUGGACUUCUGUAGAGGUUUUGGGCUCUUGGUGUUCAGAUGGAGGCAGCAAGUAAAGCAACUUGGAUGAAGUUUGGCAGUAGAAGGGAGCAAGGCAAUUUGGAGAAGAUUUAGCUAAACCUUUGAAUGGAUGAUGGAGGCUAAUCAUUUACAAAUCUUAAGGAAUUCUUUUAGGAAUACUUUUGAGCAAAAGGGAAGGCUAACACUCAAGUGCUGGUAAAGGAGACUAUGAUGAUGUACAAAAAUACCCCCACAAAAUGACAUCAAAAAGUGGGACGCUGUCCCCACUUUUGAGUAUAUUUAACAAGCAAAAGAACUUUUGUCUCUUUGCAAGACCAAAUCAAGAAACUUCAAAACCGUUGUCCUGGCUCAUGAAUGGCAAUAAAGUGCAAUUCAAUUUGUUUGCUUUUAGAUUAGAUUAAAAUGCACAGUAUGGUAGGAUAGGAUGUGUAAAGCAUAAUCACAAAUCAUAAUCCUAAAAUCUGACUUUGCGUUAUGUGCGAGUCCAAACAAUCCUCUCUACUCAAGUCAUUUGGAAUUCAGAGGGUUCUUGUACAAAAUUUAAGAGAAUUAGACCAAUUCUGCACAGUUCUAAGUAGAAUACAAUACAUACAAAUGAGAUGUUCCAAUACUGAUCAUAUUCUUUUCAUCAUGCUGUUUUGAAAAUGAUGGGAAGAAGCAAUAAUUAAACACAUAGUAUAGCUUAAAAAGGACUUUCCAUCUAAGCUUUUAUGAUCAUUUAGCAGGAAAGGGGUUCUUUUAUACUUCCUGUAUGGGAUUUUUGGGAGAACUUCUAAAGGAAAGGCAUCGUCCUUGUUUGCUAUUAGCAGGAUAUAACAAUCAUUAACUCCACUUCUGAUCAAACUUUGACUGCUUAGGCUGCUUCCUUCAAGUCUUUUCAGCCUUAAGUGAUCAGCGGGGCUGGCUGGAUAUUUGGGGAGUUGUAUCUGGAACUGUAUAUGGGCAGUUUCAACUUGCCUUUGUACUUGGUAGAAUAGGUGUAAUACGCCAGAUGUUAAUUUUUGUGUCUCAUGACAUCUGCUAGCUAGUUCUCGUGUGUUUUUUUCUCUUCCCAAGCCAGGGUCCUUAAUAGCUCACUUCAGCUAUCAAAUCUCAUUAGACUACUGGCUUUUCAUGUAUUUAGUACAAUUCCCAAGUCCCUUGGGUGGAGCCUGAAGGGAAAACAUACUUCAAAAUCUGUAAGGUAUGGACCACAAACUGACUUACACAAGUGUACAGCAAAAAGUCUUUCUGGAUUUUCAGAAUAUAUUUGCACCAUAAACUAACCACUUCAGCUGUAUUCAUACAACCCAUUGUGAUAAAAAUGCAGUUGAACAGUGGGUGAAGCCAGUGGAUACUUCUCUUGAAGUGAGUUACCGAUUUUGCUCAGCCUUUCGGUUCCCACUUUAAUAUGGAGGAAAAUUUAAGAGUUGUUAAAUCAGGUAGACAUUACUUUGCUCGAACUGGGGCAGCUGGAAUUGGAAUUCUCACGAUAUGGUCAUUAUUUAGGCAGUAUGGAGUAUAAUCAAACCCAACAGGAGGCACCCCACUGGUUAUCCUAGCA